AUUUGCGCGGUGUAGGGACUUGACGUUUCCUUGUUUUUAACUUUUCCAUUUUUGGAUAUUUAAUAUUAUUUUCAUAAAUAUUAAAGCUGCUACAUAGUAAUUCGUUUAGAUUUAAUAGUGUUACUAAAAGCAAGUGAUUUUAGGAGAUUUUUGGUGGUGAUAACAGAACAGGGUGACAAUGCUGGGAGGCAGCGUGCUAUGGUUUCGCCACGGGCUCCGGCUCCACGACAACCCGUCUCUUCACUCUGCGCUGGCGGAUAGGAGCCAGCCGUUCUUCCCCAUCUUCAUCUUCGACGGGGAGACUGCUGGAACGAAAGUGGUAGGUUACAACCGCAUGCGCUACUUACUGGAAGCGCUGGAUGACCUGGACAACCAGUUCCGGAAGUAUGGGGGCAGGCUUAUCAUGCUUAAGGGGAAGCCUAACAUUGUGUUUAGGAGACUAUGGGAAGAGUUUGGUAUCCGCAAGCUGAGCUUCGAGCAAGACUGCGAGCCGGUGUGGCGCGAGCGCGACGACAGCGUGAAGACCGCGUGCCGGGAGAUCGGCGUGUCGUGCCACGAGCACGUUUCGCACACGCUAUGGGAGCCGGAUUCCGUCAUCCGGGCUAAUGGGGGCAUCCCACCGCUGACUUAUCAGAUGUUCCUGCAUACCGUAGCCACCAUCGGCGACCCCCCAAGGCCAGUGGAUGACGUGCAACUGUCAGGCGUCAAGUUCGGAAGCCUGCCGCUGUGCUUCUACGAAGAAUUCACUGUCUUUGACAAGGCCCCAAAGCCGGAAGACCUGGGGGUGUUCUUGGAGAACGAAGACAUCCGUAUGAUCCGCUGGGUGGGCGGCGAGACGGCGGCCUUGAAGCAAAUGCAGCAGCGGCUGAGCGUCGAGCACGAGACCUUUUGCAGGGGAUCAUAUUUGCCGACCCACGGAAACCCUGACCUCCUGGGCCCGCCCAUAUCUUUGAGCCCUGCCCUCCGAUUUGGAUGUCUCUCCGUGAGAAGGUUCUACUGGUCCGUGCAAGACCUAUUCCGUCAGGUGCACCAAGGGUCUCUGUCCUCCACUCAUUUUAUUACGGGCCAGUUGAUCUGGCGCGAAUACUUCUAUACGAUGAGCGUGAAUAACCCAAACUACGGCCAGAUGGCUGGGAACCCCAUCUGUCUUGACAUACCUUGGAAGACUCCUGAAGGCGAUGAGCUACAGAGAUGGAUCGACGGCCGCACCGGCUUCCCGUUCGUGGACGCAGCGAUGCGACAGCUUCGCACUGAGGGCUGGCUGCACCACGCCGUGCGCAACACUGUGGCGUCCUUCCUUACCAGAGGAACGCUGUGGCUGUCCUGGGAACACGGCUUGAACCACUUCUUGAAGUAUCUACUGGACGCUGAUUGGUAG